GGCGCAUGUCCAUAAAACUGCAUUAAAUAAAGUUAUGGUUUCAGCCGAACCUUAGAUUUCCACUGCGGUAUCAGGCGUAACUAACGCUGUACCCUGCUUAAUUGUUGUGACCUCUUCUUCGAUAUAUCUACCAUCUAUAGUUUACAAAUGUUUUGAAAAUUUGAGAAUGGCUAUUUUUGAAUUAAAUUCGGUGGGAUUUAUAUUCAAAAUCAAGAAAACUGUUUUAAAAUAUCUAGGCAAUAUUAAUUUGCUGUGGCAUCAUCAUGUCGGGAACCCAUUCCUGUACGCUGCAAACUAUUUUGGCAGUAUCAAUAUAGUUUCAUGGAUAUUUAUCGCAUGCCUAUUCUGGUCUGUUAUUUAUACCUUAUACGGAAAAGUGAUAAGGGCUAUUUUGAAACGGAUGGGUUUGUCAAAGCAAGAUCGAAGUCACAUCGUUGACGCAGCAUGGAGUAUUGGUUUCCAUUUUGGCAGCUUGCCCCUGAGCAUGGCAAAGAUUAUUCCAGUCCACAGCACGCUUGCGGGCGAAGGAAACACAGACCUCAAGGAAGGCGAGUUCUUAUCAGGAGUUCUGUUCUACAGCGAUGACGUGAUUCCAUCCCACGCUGUGGUUGCGUUUGUCAUCUUGUGUGGCUAUCACGCACACAAGGUUUUCUUCAUGCACAAAAAGUCACCAUAUCAUGCUGAAUUUUUUUCUGAUGUCCUUUUCCUCGUGGUUUUUAUAAGCACCUAUUUUCUCAGGCGGUUCCACGUAGGCCUGAUUGUAAUGCUUGCAAUUAGCGUGCCUGCAAUAUUGGCAAACAUGACAAGGAUACUCAUCACGUUAGGAAAAAAACGUUCAGUCCCAGUUGUUAAGUUUGUCCAGUAUUUGAUAUUCACUCUACAUUGCUUUGCAUGGGCAGGAUUAUUCCUAGUCAUGUUCCCCAAGUAUCUUCUGUGGAUGACGUGCAGUAGCAAGGUUGCAAAUAAGGACAUACCUGUUCUGAUAGUAUUGAAUGCCUCGCUGUGGGUGUUCUAUUGUUUCCAGAUAUUGUUUUCGCCUGCCAGCAAGGUGCUGAAGUGCCUGGUGCUGCCGCCCGACGAGGACAGCUUCCCGCAGGACUGGAUCGAGCGGGCGCUGCUCCCGCCGCCCAGCGACCUGGCCAGGCAGCUGCGGCUGAUACGGGAGGCGGCACGCGGCAACUCUCGGCUCUCGGGCCGCACCGUGCCACAGUGUCACCAUUCUUCAACCGCGUCUUUGUACCAGGCCAUCAGAUGUGUCAUGACACUACAAAGGAAGAUUCGCCGAAAUCGUGAAAGGAAGGAACAAAAGGGGAAUGCGACUCCUUCAGAGUAGUCACUGUUGCAUUUGUUUUUGACAAUAGCUUCUUUUUAUUAAAGUAUAAAUUGUACGAUCUCACAUACCAUGCUUACGCAGAAUAUUUUUUGAUAUUCAAUUUAGUAAGUAGAAUUGGCUUCAUGUAAUUCCUCUUUAUUUAUUUAUUUAUUUAUUUAUAAAUAAUACUUAAAUCUUUAAAAUAUCAAUCUUGAAGUUUUUUUUGUUUGUUUUUGUAUUUUCUAGUUAUUAACAUCUUGUCAAAAUAUAUAUGUUUAAAUUCUUGAAAUCAUUUAAAAGCAUGUCUUUGAAGACUUAAGCUGGAGGUACUUUGCUUUGUGUGAUCUGCCAACUUGGCCAAUAACAUGCAUGGUUUAUGAAAUGGUAUUUAACCAACUUGCUAUGUACAGAUGCAUAUGUUUUAGUUCUUUUUGAAGCUUUUUAAAUGUUAGAAAUGUGAUGAAUUAACAUAUUUUUUUUUACUUGUUGAUUUGCAAUUAGUACUACUAGUUUCCCGUAAUAGGUAAUAUUGAGUCUUGAGUUGGCAGGGGAAAGCUGCUCUUUUAUGCUUAUAACAGCCCUGGGGCACCGUGAGGCACUCCUCCCUCCUCUCUCUUCCCGGGAAACUUAACUUGCUUUAUAUCCGCAAUAAACAAUUCAAAUUGUGCGUGCUGUACGCACCGCUCACUUCAUUCGCCGGAACUCACGCUCAGGUUGUUUUCAGAAAUGAGAUUGUACAUCACAGUUCGUAAGUUUGCACUGUUACUCAACUAACAGCCCGUGCAUUCAGCAGACGUAAACAUGUAAAUCAGCUGAUUUGGGUACAUGGCCUGGAGCCUGUGCAUUCAGCAGACGUAAACAUGUAAAUCAGCUGAUUUGGGUACAUGGCUUGGAGCCUCCAAAAACUGUGAUCUCUGAUCAGCUGAUUACAUGCGCCUGAACCAAAUAUCUUAAUAUGACAAUAUGGGGGAAACUUGGACCAAUUAGCAUUGGUGAAGUGCGAGACACGUUACUGCAUUGCUUUCUGGCUAUUUUCCACUCCACGCCGCUAGAUGCCACUACUAUACUAGUCUCGUGUACUUUAAAGAAAAGUAGUGACACUCCAUGCCACCAGGUUCGCUGACAUUACUUGUCUCGCGUUUUCGUUACCAGUUUCAUAUAUUGUCCUGUAACAAUAUUUGGCUGAGCGCACAGGCUGUUAAGUAGGAGUGCCAACCUACGAGCACGCAAAUGUCGGUUGCUUUGUUUUAAUUGUGUCGCUUUGUGUUUUCUUUAAAACUCAGUCGCAAAAUGGAAAUAUAUAUAUAUUUUUAAAUAAGCAAGUCAAUAGUUUAAGUGAGAGUGAUCAACCAUCAACACGUGGCGGGGGAGCAAAAAAACGGAAAUAUCGCAAAACGAUGAUAGCUAUUUGGACCUAGGCUUUACUUCAGUUGAAGUAAACAAUGAAGAAAGACCACAGUGUGUGCUUUUUUUGAAUUUAUAGUGCCCGAGAGUAUGCUCCCAAGUACCGUGUUUUCUCGCAUAAUCGCCGCACAUUUUAUUCUAAAAUCAAGUUUGAAAAGUAGGGGUGCAACGAUUAUGUGGAAAAAAAAAAUUUCGGUUAGAUAAAGUAUUCAUAAAAACAAAACCCAUUCAUGGAAAGUACGUUUAUUUACAAAGUGAAGUAUAAAAGAGUACGCCAAACAAUUUAAUUAAGUCAUGCAACAAAAACCUUUCUUCAACUUUAAAUAGAAAAACAAACUUUAAAUAGAAAAAAAUCUGUGAUCCAAAUGCAAGCCGAAUGAACGCGUAACUACCGUAGUAAACCCGAGUGAGCGGGAUAUCAAAUGUAGUUAACUCGGUUCAGCAUAGAGAGCGUGUUGCAUGUAAUCUGCGAGAUAUCGAUAUUCGACUACGUGUGCACGCUCUAUAUGGGAAGCAAUAUAACCAAACAGUAAUGAUUGCAACGAGCGCUGGCUACAUUUUUAUAAGCGGUACACCGCGGCGACUCAGACGAUCAUAUAAAGGUUAUAACGUUUAAAAAGUCUUUAAAAUUUAAUUUUCGCGUCGGACAGCUUCAUAUUACCGUUUUUUAAUAAGUACGCGGUAAUUUCUGAAUAAAUAUUAUAUUUAUACUUUUAAAUACAUCAUUUUAUACGGAAGAGAUACCUACAAUCGGCGAGAUAUCGAUUUUCGACUGUGUGCGCACUUUAUACGGGAAGCAACAAUACCAAACAGUAACGAUUGCAACGAGCGCUGGCUACAUUUUUGUAAGCGGUACACUGCGGCGACGCAGACAAACAAUGAAGAUUAUAACGUUUAAAAAGUCUUUAAAAGAAAAUUUACACAUCAGACAGCUUCGUAUUUCCAUUAUUUAAAUAAGUACGCGGUAAUUUCUGAAUAAAUAUUAUAUUUAUACUUUAAAAUACAUUGUUUUAUACAGAAAAGAUACCUACACAAAGUGCUCGGCGUCUAAUAGCGGGACCAAAAACAUCAUGCAACAUUUACGCGAGAGGUUUUUUUUUUUUAAUCCAAAUUUUGACGCCCUAAAAUAUGGGUGCGACGAUUACGCGCAUGCGACGAUUAUGCGAUAAAAGAGGGUAAGCUAAAGCAACAUCUCAAGACCAAGCACCCUACCAUGGAUGAAAAAUCUUUCGAAUUUUUAAAUAAGAGUUGUAAGAUUUACAUAAACAAAAAAAAAGUGUUCACUCAACAAGCCUCAGUACCUAGCAAUGCACUGCUAGCAUCUCAAGCUGCCAUACAGGGCAGCAAAGUGCAAAAAACCUCACACCAUCGCAAAAGAGCUUAUUCUACUAGCUGCUCUGGACAUGGUUUAUAUUAUAUUAUGGUGGGAAAAUCGGCGGGACAACUACAGGGUUCAUACACGUCCUGGAAAACCUGGAAUUUCAAAAAAACGUUUCCAGUACUGGAAAUGUCCUUGAAUUCGCAAAUAAUUGUAAAUUGUCCUGGAAAUUUUAUCGGUAUCCUUGAAAUUUUAUUUAGCACACUCUGUGUUACAGUAAAACACUUGAUUAAAUAACUUAAGUUUCCUUUAACUGAAGUAAAUUCUCCGUCCGUGCAGCAUGUAUUGUAAACAAACAUAAAUUCAUAGAUAACAUGUCGUGAAGUAGACAUUCAUCUAUAAACUAAAAAGGCGUAAUAGACGAACUUGCACUUUAAAGCUGUUUUUUUUUUCAUUUCAGUGUUUUCACCAAUGUGAUUUUUUUUGUGGAUUCCCAAAGUUAAUGAUCAAAAUUAAUAUGAACAUUAUAUAUUAAUACAGAGAUACUAGUAAAAACAUUUUUAAAGCCAUUAAAAUAAGGAUAUUAUUAUUUACUUAUAGUCAGAUCUGUACAUAAUUCUAACUUUUAUAUUAAUUUGUCAGUAAUACUCUUAGGAAAAAAAUCACAGUUUCCUUCUUGUCACAAAUCAUAAAAAUAUAUUUACAGCUGCAAAGCUUUCAAGUUGAUAUUUUCCUUUGGGUGGAGGAUGUUGUUGUUUCAGAAUGGGCUAUUGCUAUUUGGCCACAAGUUACAGAAUUUGUCGAUUCUUACAAAGGUAAACCCAAAUCUGCUCUGUGUACCAAGUCUUUACAGACUGUUAAGAAGGCUACUAAAGAUCCACUGAUGGUUGCCAAAUUGUCUUUUUUUUCCUUUAUUGGAAGUCAGAUACAACCAUACCUCAAGUGCUACCAGACUGAUUCUCCCAUGAUUCCUUUCCAAGCUUCUGACACAAUAGAAUUGUUGUAUGGACUAAUGUCAUUAUUCAUAAAGAAGGAAAUUUUGGAUAAGGCAAACGAUGAUGUAGAUUUGUGUGCACUUGAUCCUAAUAGCAAGGAUACCACAGUGUUUACGAAGAGUAUUGAAACUGGUUUUGCAACAAGAAAACAACUGAUUAUGUGUGUUACACAAAAGAAAGUCACAGACAAGGAUGUUUUAGUGUUCAAAUCUGAAUGUCUACAGUUAUUGAAAGUAUUGGUUAAAAGAAUUCAAGAUAAAAAUCCAUUGAAAUAUCCUAUAGUGAGAUUUUCCAGGUGUCUUGACCCUAGAACUCUACUAUGCAAUGAAACUGAAACCACUGAAACAUUUAAAAUGUUGCUUCAGCAGAUUGAAAAUAGAAAACUGAUCAGUACAGGUGUGUGUGAUGCAACUUUACUACAGUUCAAGUUGUUCCUCACAGAAGUGUCACCAGAUCCUUCACAGUUUACAAACUUUCAUAGAAAUACUCAAAAGUUAGAUUAUUUUUUUGUAAAUAUUUCCUGGACAACAAACAGUAUGCAGAUUUGUGGAAAGUAUUUAAACUUAUUUUGACUCUGUCUCAUGGCCAAGCAUCUGUAGAACAUGGUUUUUCUGUCAACAGAGAAAUGCUUGUGGAAAAUUUAACAGAAAAAACUCUCUAGUAACAAUUAGGAUUGUGUACGAUGAAUUUAAAGAUAAAAAAGUGAUGUUAUUUUCUGUAAAGAACUGUUGGCAAAUGCUAGAUGAUUAAGAAUGCGCUAUCAGCACUUCAUGGAUGAACAGAAGAAACAAACAUCUAGAGAGGAAAGUAGUAGAAAGAGGUCACACAUGUUAGAAACUGUCCAAGAACUGAAGAAGAAGAAGCUGCAGAUUGAGAAAUCAAUUGAUUCAAUGAAUAAAGAAGCUGAUUCAAUGGCAUUACUUACUGAGAAAAGAAAUGAUUUCACUCUACUUUCAAAGUUCAACACAUACAGGAAAAAAUCAUGUGAAUCGGCAGCCGAAGUCGCAAAGUUAAGUGAAGAGAUUGAAAAACUGUCUAAAAACUGUUAAAAAAGGUAAUAAUUGUUUUGUUGUAGUUUAGAAUCCUGGAAAAAUAUUGAAAAACAGCAUUUUUAUUAUUAUUAGUGUUUAUCUUUGAAUUAAGUGCUUGCCAUUUUAUUGAUUACAACAUAGUAUCAAAUAACAAUUGUUAUGUUUGAAAAUCUGUGAAAUGUCCUGGGAAUGUCCUAGAAAUUUUUUUUUCAAUUUGUGUAUGAACCCUGAACUAUUUUUGAAGGUACCUUUAUCUAACGACACUAUUAUUCGAAGAAUCCAUCAUACAGCUGAGGAUCUUAAUGAUAAAUUAUUAGAGCAAAUAAAUGGCAAUGAAUUUUGGUCUACAACUUGAUGAGACGACUGACAGUAAUGAAGAUGCACACCUUAUUUGUUACGUAUACUUUCUGGAUGAUAAAAUUAUUGUUGAAGACCUUCUGUUCUACAAAAGUAUCAUUGAAAGAGCAAAGGCUAAAGACUUGUUUGAAAUUCUUGACAAUGAUUUGGAUCGGGAAAAGUGUAUCAGUGUAUGUACUGAUGGUGCUCGAUCAAUGUCUAGCUGCUAUGGAGAAUUACAAGCACUUAUUCGCAGUAAAGCACCCCGUGCUAUGUGGACAGAUUACAUCAUCCAUAGGGAAGAACUUGUAUCGAAGUCGAUGAGCUCUGAAUUGAACUUGAUAUUAGAACUUGUCAUAGACGUAGUAAACUACAUAAAAACUAGGCCUCUGAAAACCAGACUGUUCAAAAAACUAUGCAUGGACAUGGGAGCCGAACACACGGCCCUGCUAUACUACUGUAAUUCACUAUGGCUUUCACAUGGAAAUGUCUUACUCUGUGCAUUCGAUAUUCAUCAAGAAAUUCACACUUUUCUGCAAGAGGAAAAUCAUAAAAACUGCAGAUACUUUGCCGAACCAGACGUUUUGCAAGAAAUGAGAGUGGCAGUGUCAGGCCUUAUUCCAUGCUUUGAAAAAAUGUGAAGAUCACGAAGCUCACGUGUCAUAUUAACGUGACACUGAAUAUUUUAGUAUUUUUCUGUAAUAAUAAUAUAUUUUUAUGUGUCAAUUCUAAUAUAUAUACCUAUAUGAGCCUCGAAUUGUGGUAAGUGAGCCUCAGAUUGUACUUGUUUUCAUGCCUGUGCCUAGUGUCAUAAAAAAAAAUCUUUAAUAUCUUUUUUGUCGUUGUACAUAUAUUUCCGCUGGGUAGGGUGCCGCGACAAAAUAUUAAACCUGUAAGUGCACCCUAAACUGAAAAAUUUGGAAACCCCUGGCUUACAAGAAAGUCUCUGUUCUUUUUAUUAGUAAUUUGGAAGUUUAGAGUACCUGAUGUGUUAGCAGUACACAACUGUAUUUUACAACAUAUGUACGUAGUACUUGUGAUUUAAGGUUUGAGCUUAGUUCAUUUGUUGUGUUUACAUUUUGUUAUUUCAAAAGGUACUGGCAUCGACAGUCACAUUUCCUCCAGCCUGAGUCUGUAGACAUAACAGUGAGUUACUGGCUCUCAGUAAUACACUGUUUUUAAAACUAGAUACUCCUAGGAAUUAUAGUGUUGUUCCCAUAAACAUGCUUAGUAUUACUUAGACACUAAGUAACGAUUUAACAACUCUAUUUCAUUAGCAUUUUUACUCUUCUCAUGUUGGUUCAAGUAUGUUCGGCUUUCUUGAAACAAAACGCACAAUGAAAAAAAUGAUGUCACAUUUGGAGUAUCAUUUUAUCUUAAAAAUAGAGAGUAUCUGCAGGUCACAAAGGUCACAGAAAAAAGUAACGAAGCUGAAGGAAUGUUCCAAUAAAAGUAAUGGUGCUGGAAUUCACUGAAAUAGUAAUAUUUUGACUUACAGAAUAAAAUCAUUAAUAAUAAUGUUAAGAAUGGAACUAGGUACUCAUAAAAUUAAAAUAAAUUAGCAAAUAUUUGUGUGUUUGAAAAAGUACCAAUAUCAUUCAUGUAAAAACAUACUACUAAUAAGAGAUUUAAGAUCAACGUAAAAUAAUUUUUUUUGUUAUAAAAUUCAUGAUAAAUUAAUUAUAUUUAAUGAAUUUGCAUAUUAAAACAUUUUUGUGAUAUCAGUUAAUUUUUUUUUAUUUCUAAUACUUGAUUGAUUUUAUGUUUUUAGUUACUGUUCGGUGCUAUAUGGUGUAUUAACUUUCAUUUCAGUGUUAUAUAUUGUACUGAAAUGCUGAACGGUGUUAUUUUAGUUUUAUCACAACUCAACAUAAAAUCUUGUCUGUAUAUAUUGUAUGUAAAAUGGUACAAAAAUGUUGAAAGAAACUUUUAUUAAUGUACUGGAAAAGUCCUGAGUUUUGUUCAUGUAUCUGUUUUGUCAGUUUGCUCUUGUACACACAUUACGUGACAAGAUAGAUAUGCCAAGUAGUUUAUGCAGUGAAAUAGUUACAGCCCCAACAUUAGCCAGUUUGACAAAAAAACCUACUUUUUUUUUUGCGAGUAUGUAACUUGGCAACAUUGCAGUGUGUUAGUGUUUUUCUCUGGGUACUCCCACUUCCCCCACCCAUUCACUACGUCAAUGCUCCGUUCUCAUCAUACCUCAUUGUGGCAAAAUAUCUCAAGCCAGGUUAACCAUCUUUAACUUCCUGUUCCAAUCCCUUCUAAGAAAGUCUGGUUCUCCAAUUCCUUGAAUAACAUUGAUAGAACAAUGUCACAUGAUUUAAGGUACAGGGUUCGUAAUCAUCCUUGAUAUUAAUAAAAAGUCUUUAAUUGAAUAAGGGCUCUUAAAAGUGCUUAAAUUUCAUUAAGAAUACUUAAAAACUCAGGACAAUGUGUAAAUUUCGGGCCACAUGAUUGGAAGUUUUAUACAAAAAUUAAUUCAUUGUGCCUGUAUCAUCAUUAGUCAGUGCCACAUAUCUUGCUGUUUCGCUUUUCAUGUGUUUCACUUCAUCUCCCUUAUAUUUAACUGUCUUCAAUUAUUUUCUUUCUCCUAUUUAUUUUAUUCCCCAUUACUCCAUUACUCCUGAAACUUGUAACUAUUGAAUUUGGGGUUUAACAUUAUGCAGAGUGGCACCAAACAUCUUAUAGCAAUUCAUUUUCCAAGAUGUAUAGUGUUCUUAAUUCAUUGUGAAAAAGCAGUGUUUGUGGCUACUGACUUAAAAGCAAAUAUCAUGCUACAUAUCAAAAAACAUGGCUCUCUGCCAAAUGUGACAGCAGUGGAUGUGUAGUUUAUACAGUUAUUACUGUAGCUGUAUAUUACAUGAAUCACAUUAUUAUUAUUCUGACAAUGUUCUGCAUUUGAAACUUUGUUGCCAUUAUGCCUUAUAGUUUGUGCCAGUAUGAAAAUUGUAUGUUUUUUUUUUUUAACAUUUUUGACGUACCUCUUGUACUAGUCAUUUAGCAUUUUGUACAUACAGUAUAUCAUUGUCCUGCCCCGAUUUUAUUUUGUACAUAAUACAGUAUGUUUAAAAUUUAUAUGUUUAAAUUUUCUAACCAAAAAAUUAUACAUAGAAAAAUGUAUCCCUUGUGCUGUGAUAGAAAAAUCUAUUUAAAUUUCUAUAUUGCAUUAAGAAUACUUACUUAACUUAUUAACAUAUGUAUAGGAGCUGUAUAAGUUUAAUGACAAAUUAUGUAUUAUUUAUUCAUGUAUUUACUUCCCCCAUAUUUUGAAGUUAUAAUUAGAUGAAUGAAGGUCUUAUUGCAGUAAAACGGUGCAGGCCAGACAUCUUGCUAGCUGGGUAGUUGAAACACGUAUUUCGGAGUGGACCGCCAGAGCCAAGUACAUAUUGGGUAGGGAAUCGAAUAGUGCUGAUUUUGCACGAAUUAAUAAUUGUAAUGAUGCUGAUGCAUGUAUCCCAUGAUAGGCAUGCCUCCUUAAUAUACUUUAAAAAUACUUUAUUUGUCUUUAAUUGAAUAAGGGCCCUUAAAAGACCUUAAAUUUCACCAAGAAUCCUUAAAAUAAACUACUUAAUAAAGACUGAUAGCUUGUAAGUAACGGAUAAAUGAGGGUAUUGGAAAGUUUUAAUUGGUUCUGAUGUGGCAGCAAACAAUGUGUCGCACAUACGCAGUACAAUUGGCGAAUUUCGGGCCAUGUGACAGGAUUUUAUGUAUAAAAGAUGUUUAUUUUAUUUAUUUAUUUAUUUAUUUAUUUAUUUUUUGUAUUUUGUAUCUCACCUUGAAAACUAAAAAGGUGUUUUUGCGGUCUUAAUUUGAAUUUAUAAAGUAAAUGUAAUGAGUGACCAAAUUAAACGUUAGGACUACAAAUUUCACAUAGACAGUGUGCUUGGGUUAGAUAUGGGUUCCAAAGAUCAUUCUGGACAAUAGGGGCAUAUCUGUAAGAGUUGACUAAUCAAAGACUUUUUUUUUUCUGCACUAACUAUUAUAAUUGUUAUUUCCUUAAGGUAUUUUGUGAUAUUACAAAUAAAAGUUCUACCUCUUGGCGAAGGCGAUGAAGUAAAUGGGUCCUUAAAAAUACUUAAUUUUUUUUUUACACAAUAGAUUACGAAUCAUGUAUCCACAUCUCUUAUUUAGCACUACUUUCCCUUCCGUUCCUCUUACUCUCGCGCUCCUGACUCUCGCAAACAUUUGGGAUGCACUAUAGCAAGGCUGUAAGGCAGAUCAAGUAAUUGAUUGGGGAGAGACAAAGAAUAGAAAGGAGAGGGCAGGAAAGUAGUGGAUAUGUAGAGGAAUAUGUUGUUACAAGUGGGGAAAAUGGGUUCACAAAGAUAGCCCAAUUAAUUUUUGUACAGUUUUAUUUACUACUAAUUUAAAUUAUUAAUCAAAUCACCACACUUAAUGUUUAUUCACAGAUCACUCACACUUAAAAAUGUCUGUUCAUUAAUCACUUAAGUACCUGUCAAGUCCACAGUUCACACUCCUCACUGGAGCUAGGCUCAACAGUGGUUCGUCCCUUACUUCGCAUUUGUCCACGCAUAAUCUCGCGCCACUCAGUCGCACUCGCACAGUCCCAUCGCUCCGCGUCAAGCCUCUCGCAAAAGGGGGGGGGGGGGAUCUCAUCCUCCUUGCCGAAGCACACUUCACUCAACUUGCACUUUCGGAACUCUCGGAACGCCUGGCAUUGCUGCUUUUAUAUCCUUGGUAGUCUUUCUGGAACCAACUGGAAUGAUUGUGACAUGUCUCAUCAUCCUGGGCCGACCCGGUGCUCGAAGCAUCCAGAAUAAUGACUUAUUCAUGCCACUCCGCAUGGAAUUCCCAGGCCGCCAUGCUGAUAGAUAACAGCACAAAGGACGAAAAAGCAUGGUUGGGGGGGGGGGGGGGGAAGGUCGGGCUGCUGUAAUCCCCGAAGGAAUGGCAUGUGUGAUGAUAUCAGUGGCCAUGCUGGCGCCUUACACUGUCUCCUCCCUAAACCUUUUUUCCAGCAUAUUCUCUCAAUCGGUCAAAAUGUACCACUUUCAUUCGUCCUCUCUUUCCCCUCUGGAUGCGAUAGACCACAUCAUUUAUCCAUUUCAUCAGUUCAUAAGGGCCUUCCCAUGCCACUUGAAACUUAGGGCACCUGCCCUUCCUUCGCUGCGGAUUGUACAGUCACACCAAAUCACCUUACUGAUAACCAGUCGAGUUAGCCUUCCAGUCAUAUCUCAUCUUCAUUCGGUUGGUCGGUAAUUGGAGGUUCUUGCGAGCUUGAUUGUGAAUGAGUACCAUACUCUCCUCCAGAUUAUUGACAUAGUCAGUGGUGCUGGUCCGCUCUUGGCAAGGACGACUGAACUUGUCACAAGGCAGCCUCAACUCCUGUUCAAACACAAUACUCGCAGUGGUCUGUCCAGUGGAGUCAUGGAUGGCAACCCUAUAUGCCAUCAGGAAUAACUGGAUAUGUUGAUCCCAAUCCUGUUGAUGAUCGGCCACAACCUUGACAAGGUGUUCCUCCAGAGUUCUGUUGAACCUCUCUACCAUGUCAUCGGACUGAGGACUUAGGGCUGUAGUCCUGGUUUUAUCUAUUCCCAGCAACCAAUACAUCUCCUGAAAAACUGUAGACUUUAAAUUGCGGCCUUGGUCUGAGUGGAGUUCCGUUGGUACCCCAAAGCUGCAAAUGAAGUUGUUGACAAGUGCAUCCACAAUGGUAGUGGCUUCUUGGUUAGAAAGUGCGUAAGCCUCUGACCACUUACUGAAGUAAUCCAUUGCUACUAGAAUAUAUCAGUUACCAUCUGUUAUCUUGGGAAAUGGUCCAGCGAUGUUGAUGGCUAUCCUCUCAAAGGGAGCUUCCAAAUUGUAAGCUCUCAUUUUCCCAAAAUUCCGGUUGUGGCCCUUAUCUAGCUGGGCAUGCUUCACAUUGUCUACACCAAGCCUCCACAUCCUGGCGACACUUCACCGAUCUUGGCUGGAGUUUUGUUCACCCCUAGGUGAACACCAGAGGUACCAUCAUGGAUUUCCUUCAACACAUCUGCUACUAGACUCUUCGGAAGGAGUAGUUGCAUGUUAACUACUUUUUCCAUUUGGACUCUCCCAUGCCCUCAUUAGCAACUCAUUCACCAUCCUUAAGGCAUCCCACAUGUUCAGUAAGCUUUUACAGCCUUUCGGUCAUUAGAUAUUUCAUGCCAUUAUGAAUGUCCCAUAUCAUUCUCUAGCCAGCUUAUAAUGGGUCCCAGGUCAGAGUCUUGUUGCUGUGCUGUUCCAAGCUAGCAUUACCCCAUUUUAUCUUCACCAUUGGUUAUGUUCUUCGCCAAACGCCUUCGAUUCCCUUAUUUUCAUCUGCCGUUUUGCAAUGGUUAUAGUCUACCUUGCAAGGUCUUAGGGAGAGAGCAUGGCAUUGUUGUGAAUUCAGCUUGUCCUGUGUUCUAUCCGACAUUCAUACUGGUGUAUCUGUUCAAUCCACCGAGCAAGUAGUCCCUCUAGAUUCGUGAAUUGUAGCAGUGACUUAAGUGCGGCAUGGUCAGUGUGUAAAUGGAAUUUUCUCCCAUAUGAAUAUUUGUGGAAAUGUUGCAGAGACUUCACUUCAGCCAGGAGUUCCCUUCUUGUGACACAAUAGUUGCAUUUAGACUUGGACAAAAUUUUACUGUAGUAUGCUAUUACUCGUUAAUUUCCAUCUUGAACCUGGGAAAGUACAGCUCCCAACCCAUCUCCACUUGCAUCUGUGCCGAGUAUAUACUCUCCAUGUUGAUGGGGGUAGGCAAGUAUGGGGCUAGUACAUAGGGAUUCCUUGGGGUCUUGAAAGGCAGUUUCACAUGCAGAAGUCCAUAGAAAUUUUCUCUUGUCCUCAGUCAGGUGAUGCAGUGGUUGUGUGACUGCUGAAAACCCAUGCACAAAGUGCCCAUAGUAGGCACAGAUUCCCAAGAAACUCCUUACUUCAUGCUUAUCGUAGGUUGAGACCACUCCUUAACAGACCAGAUCUUCUGGGGGGGGGGGGGGGGGCCAGGC